CUGUCUCCUCACGCCGAGAGCGCACCAGGGACCCACGGCUGGAGUCCCUUUGCUUGCGGAGCGGCGGGACGGCUCCCAGUUCCCAAGCUUCGGAAAGAGCGCGGUAGGAUCACCACCUUCCCCGCGCCCCGCACAACUCCGGCGCCGGCGGCGCGCGCGGCUGGACCAAGUCGCGCUUGCCGUAGACUCCCCGGAGUAGGGACCUCCCGGCCAGCCCGCCUGCCUGCACGCCCUGUAAGCCGCAGCUCCCCGCCACCUUUGCGGACCCCGCACGCCCGGCUCCGCGCCCCCGCAGCGCCCUGCCGCCCCAUGGAGUGCGCGCGGGCCGCGGCUUCCUGAGCGCGGACGCCAGCGCUGUCCAAACUGCGCGCUGGGGAGCCCCGGCUCAGCCCCGCUCGGGGCGUUGGUGAGGUCGGGGGAGAGCGCACCAUGAAGUCUGUGCUGUUCAGCCGCUUCUUCAUCCUCCUGCCCUGGAUCCUGAUCGUCAUCAUCAUGCUCGACGUGGACACGCGCAGGCCCGCGCCCCCGCUCACCUCGCGCCCCUACUUCGCGCCCUAUCCCGGGGGCCGCGGGGGCGCCCGGCUCCCGCUCCGCCGGGGCGGCCCGGGGCGCGGCCGCGAGCCGCACAACGAAUCGUGGCCGCGGCCGCGGCCGCCGCCGCCGGAGCCGCCGCUGCCCACCAUCUAUGCCAUCACGCCCACUUACAGCCGCCCGGUGCAGAAGGCCGAGCUGACCCGCCUGGCCAACACAUUCCGCCAGGUGGCGCAGCUGCACUGGAUCCUGGUGGAGGACGCGGCGGCGCGCAGCGAGCUGGUGAGCCGCUUCCUGGCGCGCGCGGGGCUGCCCAGCACUCACCUGCACGUCCCCACGCCCCGGCGCUACAAGCGGCCCGGGCUGCCGCGCGCUACCGAGCAGCGCAACGCCGGCCUCGCCUGGCUGCGCCAGAGGCACGGGCACCAGCGCGCGCAGCCCGGCGUGCUCUUCUUCGCCGACGACGACAACACCUACAGUCUGGAGCUCUUUCAGGAGAUGCGAACGACACGCAAGGUCUCAGUCUGGCCGGUGGGCCUGGUCGGUGGGCGGCGCUAUGAACGUCCGCUGGUGGAGAACGGCAAAGUCGUGGGCUGGUACACCGGCUGGAGAGCAGACAGGCCUUUCGCCAUCGACAUGGCAGGAUUUGCUGUAAGCCUUCAGGUCAUCUUGUCCAACCCCAAAGCUGUAUUCAAGCGCCGUGGGUCCCAGCCUGGGAUGCAGGAAUCUGACUUUUUGAGGCAGAUCACGACCGUUGAAGAACUGGAACCAAAAGCAAAUAACUGCACCAAGGUCCUCGUGUGGCACACUCGGACGGAGAAGGUGAACCUCGCCAACGAGCCCAAGUACCACCUGGACACCGUGACGAUCGAGGUGUGACGGGGCUGCCCUGCGCCUCGGGCGCGGGAGGCGGUGGGCGCAGGCUCGGCUCCUGUCUCCCUUUGUUCUGCAUGUUCCCCUAUGUCCUGGACAGUCUCUGCACGGUACAGCUGAGGGCACGCAGGGUACCACUCUGAGAAUCUUACUUUUAUUCCCCCUGUUUGACCUUAUAAUUCGUUAGAACUGAACAGGUUUUUGAAACAGAUGACAAGUAUUUUGUCAACAAUAUGUUCCCAAUUCGUGACUUUGCAACGUGAAGUAAUUUUUGUCAGGUUGGUGGCAGUAUACGUCACAGGAAAUAAAACCCACAAAAAAAGGUCUAUGGAUUCAUCUGUUUAAUACAGGGAUAUGACAUCUGUCAGUACUAGGCACCAUAAAAUGUAAACACAAUUACUGUCAUAAACCUGGAUACGCCUUCGAGGACUGAGUGGCUUGUGUAGUUACCCUGUCUGCGUCUAGUGCGGAGAAAUGUCUCUUGCUAGCACUAUGUAUACAUA